UUUGUGCGGGCAGAGCCGCGUUCUCGCUUCAACAGUGCUUGAACGGAACCGGCCCGCUCCCGCCCCACCGCCCGCCCGUCCGUCUGUCUGUCCGUCCAUCCCGCCGCUCCGUCCUCCCGCCAUGGAAUCCCAGAUCCGCCAAAACUACCACCGCGACUGCGAGGCCGCCGUCAACCGUAUGGCCAACAUGGAGCUCCACGCUUCCUACGUCUACCUCUCCAUGGCCUUCUACUUCGAGCGAGACGAUGUGGCGCUGCCUCGGCUGGGACGUUUCUUCCUGGCGCAGUCACACGAGGAGCGGGAACACGCCGAGGGGCUGCUGCGUUUCCAGACGCGCCGCGGCGGCCGCGUGUUGCUGCAUGACGUCAAGAAGCCGGAGCAGGACACUUGGGGCUCGGCGCUGGAGGCGGUGGAGGCGGCGUUGCAGCUGGAGAAGUCGGUGAACCAGGCGCUGCUGGACCUGCACCGCCUGGCCACCGAGAAGGGGGACCCCCAUCUCUGUGACUUCCUCGAGUCCCACUACCUGGACGAGCAGGUGAAGGCCAUCAAGGUGCUGGGGGACCACAUCACCAACCUGCGACGCCUGGCCGGGGGGCCGGGGGGGGCCCCAAGCGGCCUCGGCGAGUACCUUUUCGACCGCCUCAGCCUGGAAGAGCGCAGCUGAACCCCCGCAACGGGCGGCUCCCUGGGACCCUCCCCUCCCAGGACCCCCCCUCUCCACCAGACCCUGUAACCCCCCUGCCCCAUUCAAGGGGGCUCACCUGCUGGGGGUCUCCUCCCCCAGCAUGACUCCAAUAAAGGGUCUGCCCUUGUUCCCCCCCCCCCCCA